GUAGGGCAGUGGUUGUGAGAGGUACACAACACGUAUGAUGAUUCUGAUUCUGAUGCGAAAAUGAGAUUAAUAAUAUAUGAAUGAAAGACCGACUCUGAGAAGCGAAACGUAGACGCGGGAAAAUGGAGGUGGAGGAAGCCAAGAUCUUGCUCGGCUUUCCUCCUAAUUCUCGUCCCGAUCCUUCUCAGGUUAAAGCUGCUUACCGGAAGAAGGUAUGGGAAUCACAUCCUGACUUAUUUCCCGAUGAUCAGAAGCAAGUUGCCGAGUCUAAGUUCAAAUCGAUAUCUGAAGCUUACUCUUGCCUAGAGUCUGGUGAUGUUAAAGGUCAACGAUAUUACAAAGCAGGUGUAUAUUCGAGGGUCGUCAAGACUGGAGUUCCUGGUACAUAUUCAUCUGCCAAAAGAGGUAACCGUUGGUUGAUCGGUGCACCUUUCCUUUUGAUUGUCUUAGGAACCAUCGGACUUGGUGGAAUCAAAGCUAACAGGGCAUAUAAUCUGCAAAAACAGACGUUCCCAUCUCACAAUCCUUUCCUUCCUUGAUUCAGAGUCUCUUUCACCACAACACUUUGAGUCAUUGGAUAAAGUAUGUAACCUUUGUACUGUACUAAUGUUACUCCAACACAUUUUAGCGAUAUUUGAUUAGUAUAAGAGAAUUCAAAUGGAAACUAUUUUGAAAUUAUUGUAUAUUCUUGACUAAAA